UAAUUGAGAUUUGCUACCAUUUAUCACGUCCCAAAGUAUCAAAAUGCCAUCUGGUGAAAAGGGAAAACUCUUGGAAAAUGCAGAAAGAUGGCAACAAACAACUGUCCAAGAAAAAUAAAGGUAGCAUCAAGAAAUAUUUAAUUGCUCAUCAACACUCUACAUCUCAACGGGAUAAAGAAGACAUCGGUCCAAUUGAUGAUAGUCUCAUAAAUAGAUGGCUUCUGGGGCUGAGUCUUCAUACCUUAUUUGGGCCUGCCCUGACUCUUCAGGGGUUUAUACACUCCUUGUGUCACUGACUGCAACUUGGACACAUUUGUGGUGAGGGAGAGAAGCGGUAAAAGUUUUCUUCAAAGACAGGCAAGAAGAUGGAGCACAAAUUAAACUAUUAUGAUACUCAGCAAGGAAGGAGAAAAAUAAUGGAAGAUGAAGGGAGGAGAGUUUGUGGGGGCGAAGGGGAGGUGAUCUUGUGCAGCCAAUGAAGAUCUAGACAGGAGGAUUCCAGGGAGGGUGAUGAGUCUCGGCUCAGCAGUUGGACACUCGGAGAAGGACAGGACAGUUUAGAAAAACUUGACAAGAGGAUACGGAUGCAGAGGAAAACGGCGCAAGAAGGCCCAAAUAAAUCUUGGAAUGCGUGUUUGCACAGGAGCUUUUCAUUAUAACAUGGGAACAAGAGCUCCUGCACAAGUGCACAUCCCCCGUUCCUCCUCCAGAACCAAUCAUUCCUUUGCAUGAAGUCUGCGGCUCAGUUCAACACACAGGCUCCGUACACCUCGAGACAAAAAAGGCGGCAGGACGAGAAAGAGAGGAAAAAAAAGCACAAUAUAUGAGGGUGACUUUUUGUGACUAAAGUUGAAGAGGUGAAUCUUAGGUGGCAAGGAUGAAGGGGCUUCCGAAGAACCAGGGACGCACGGACCAGAUGUUGGGAGCCAUAGCUGACAUGCUUACUUCUGUGGCAAUGCCCAAUCAACAGUGGCUCGUAGAGGGCGGUGAGACAGACCUCCCAUCAAGCGAAGAGGAAAGGGGGGCAGUCCAGGGCCAGUGUGAGCCUGAGGCUCAGGACUGGGAGCAGCCCAAAGAAGGAACAGACUCAUACUCGGCAGCAGGCAGCGAGGGUAGCAUCUCCACCUCUGUGGCGUCCCUGCCUCCGCUGGCGUCCAGCAGCUCAGCCCCCAGCUCCCCUGGCUCCAAGCGUUCUGUAAGCACCCUUAAGAAGUGGCUCACAAACCCCGUUCGCAAGCUCAGCGCCGGGGCCACGGCCAAAGGAAACUCCAAACUAGAGGGAAAGCCUCCUCCUCACCCGUCUCAGAGUCAAAGCCAGGACCUGGGUGGCUCCCUGAGGCCUGAUGAGCCUCUUACUAUCAUCCCUGUCACACAUACAGAACUGCAGGAGUUGAAAGAUGGCCUGGCUAGCCCUGAGGAUCUGUCGCCGGCGACACUCCAGUCCCCCGCUUACAUAACUGACUCACUGAUUGGCUGCACAUCGGUGCUUCACACGCAGGACACUCUGGACACGCAGUCUACCUCUGUUGUGCCAGAUGACAGCGGCUCUAUCCUGAUGGACGACACUUCCAGUCAAUGGUCUUCAGCGGCUGACACUGAGGAGGAACGGAGGAGUGCUCUGGAGAAAAGCUUGUACGUACUAAAGGAGCUCAUUGAGACGGAGAAGCAUUAUGUAGCAGACCUGGGCCUCAUAGUGGAGGGCUACAUGGCCACUAUGAACGCUAAAGGCAUACCGGAGGACAUGAAGGGAAAGGACAAGAUUGUUUUUGGGAACAUUCACCAAAUAUUUGACUGGCAUAAAGACUACUUCCUGGGAGAGCUGGAGAAGUGUGUGGCAGAGCCGGAGCGACUGGGUCAGCUCUUCAUUAAACACGAGAGACGUCUGCAUAUGUACGUGGUGUACUGCCAGAACAAACCCAAGUCCGAGCACAUUGUCUCGGAAUACAUUGAAACUUACUUUGAGGAAUUGCGUCAGCAACUGGGUCACAGGCUGCAACUCAAUGACCUGCUCAUCAAACCUGUCCAGAGGAUCAUGAAGUAUCAGUUGCUACUCAAGGACUUCCUGAAGUAUUACACUAAAGCUGGGAUGGACACAGAGGAGUUGGAGAAAGCAGUAGAAGUGAUGUGCUUUGUGCCAAAACGUUGCAAUGACAUGAUGAAUGUGGGCCGACUUCAAGGCUUCGAGGGGAAGAUCACAGCCCAGGGGAAGCUGCUCCAGCAGGACACCUUCACCGUCACCGAGCAAGACAGCGGCUUCCUGUCCCGGGCCAAGGAAAGAAGGGUCUUCCUGUUUGAGCAGCUGGUCAUCUUCAGUGAGCCCAUUGACAAGAAGAAGGGCUUCUCACUCCCUGGGUACAUCUUUAAGAGCAGUAUCAAGGUGAGCUGCCUUGGGGUUGAGCCUGCUGUGGAAGGUGAUGACGCACGCUUCGUGUUGACAUCGCGCAAUCCCGACGGGAGCUUAGUUCGCUUCCAGUUGCUGGGCUCCUCGCCGGAGACGUGCAGAGCCUGGGUCAACGACGUGGUUCAGAUCUUAGAGACACAACGCAACUUCCUCAACGCCUUACAGUCACCUAUUGAGUACCAACGGCGGGAAAGCAAGUCCAAUAGUUUGGGCCGCUGCAUGAGACCCCCUGUGUCCACCGCCAGUGUCCUGAGGCCCCACUCCUCAGCGUCCAUUGACCGCCACAGGCUGCCCUCCCUCCAUUCCCAUAACACAUCCCUGCCCGCCCUUCAUCUGCCCAGCCAAGGCCCAGCUCGAGGACCAAGUGAGACCAACUUACUGCAGAAUCCAAAUUCUCCUGACUCCAUUUCUCCAUCACACGUUCAGCUGAGCUUGUCGAAUCCGUCCAGCUGCCCCGCCGUUUUAAACGGGCUGUACACACUGUCUACUCAAACUACACAGAGAGCAGGCGACGUCUGCCGUAGGGGUCAAGCGGCGGAUUCUGGAAGCCAGGCUCCGUUUUCGGGUCCCUCAGCUGGACGACGCCCGAGCAACCUCGCCCAGCUCGCUGAAGAUGACCUAUGAACUGUAAAUGGUCUCGCUAGCCUGAGGGACGGCAUGGAGACAAGAAGUCUGUUGCAGCAGAACUUACACCACGUUUGGGACUCCUAUGAAAGAACUUUAGGCAGCACCUGUAAAAUUUCUCGUUUUGAAAUAAACACAAACAAAAAAAAAGACCAAUCCGGCACGCUACGGCCACUCGGUGUGCACACGCAGGAGGUUGCAGGGCACUCGAAGGAAGGACAAUCAGUGUGAUGACAAUGACUGCGUUUUACUAGGUUAAGGGUUUUGCCAAAGGGUGGGGAGAGUUGGUUUGACUAUCAAAUAUUCAUUCCUAACUGGGGCGGUUACUGGAGUGUGCCUUUCUGUUUGUAUGCAACAACAUAUGGACAUUUUUUUUUUCCUGCAUGAGUGUGCAAGGAUGUGCAUGGGCUCUUCCUGUACUCUGAUCAUAAGACAUCUAGAGUAAUACACCAAGUAAUUCUUCUGCUGAUUAUUGAGUCGACUAUUUAAGAUGUUAAUUUCGGGUAACACAUUCUGAACAUUACGCUAAACUUAAGGGUCAAUAAAAAGAAGGACUUUCGUCUCUGG